AAGAAGCAGAACAUGAACGGCUAGUGCUUUGGUUUGUUUACGUCGUGAAUAUAAAAUGUCACAAUUACAGUUGUUGAAUGUGUUUAUUACCGAACGAUUAACAGCGGUAGCUAUGGAGAUAUCCGUUGUACUUGAACAAAAUAUAGGCGAGUACCUGGAAGAAAUCUCCCGUUCAAAUGAGGAGAACAAACGUCUACAGAGCCUGAUGGAUUUGGUUUUCAACUCCGAAAUCAAGUUACACCACGAAGACUCCCAGCAGCUCUCUCUUCCUGUCUCUGAAGAGGAGCUUCCCCAUGAGCAGCAGCACUGUGAGCAAGAGAGGAGCCCCAGUCUGGGGCAGGAGGACCCAGAGCCCACACAGAUUAAAGAGGAAGAGGAGGAACUCAGGACCAGUCAAGAGGAGGACCACCCUCAAGGGCUGGAACCUGAUACCAAAGACAUCUUAAUCCCUGCCUGUGUGAAAAGUGACUAUGAACAGGAGCCACCUCUGCCCUCACAUCUUGACCAAACCUUGGAGAACAGAGAGAGGGACUCUCUACCCACCAACACAACUGAACAGAUCAAAACGGAACCUGAUGGAGAAGAUUACAGCGUAUCAGAACCAACCAGGGACUCUCAGCUCCAGCUCCUUCCCCAGGUAGGAAACAUAGAAGAACGUGUUGAUGGGAUGGAGAGACCCAUUCCCCCUCCCUUCUCUCCAGACUCCCAGCAGCCCUCUCUCCCUGUCUCUAAAGAGGAGGUUCCCCCAGAGCUGCAGGAGAGAAGCCCCAGGCUGGGUCUGGAGGAAUCAGAGCCCACAAAACAAGAGGAACUCUGGACGAAUCAGGAGGAACAGCAGCUGGAAUCUGACAGCAGAGUAUCAGAACCAACCAGUGACUCUCAGCUCCUCUCUGCAGUAAAUCCAGACUGUUCUGCAGCUCAGAGUGAAAACAGAGUAUCAGAACCAACCAGUGACUCUCAGCUCCUCUCUGCAGUAAAUCCAGACUGUUCUGCAGCUCAGAGUGAAAACAGAGUAUCAGAACCAACCAGUGACUCUCAGCUCCUCUCUGCAGUAAAUCCAGACUGUUCUGCAGCUCUGGGUGAAAACAGAGUAUGUGUGGAUGGGGUAGUGGAGAUGCUUAUUAUUAUUCUCCUCCCUCCAGACUCCCAGCAGCUCCCUCUCCCUGUCUCUGAAGAGGAGGUUCCCCCUGAACAGCAGCACUGUGAGCAAGAGAGGAGCCCCAGUCAGGGGCAGGAGGACCCAGAGCCCACACAGAUUAAAGAGGAACAGGAGGAACUCAGGACCAGUCAAGAGGAAGACCAGCCUCAAGGUCUGGAGUCUGAAAUCAGAGUAUUAGAACCAACCAGCCUCUGCAGAGUUUUAGAACCAACUAGUCUUUGCAAAGAAUUAGAAUCAACGUCUGUAGCAAAUCCAGACGGUUCUGCAGCUCUGGGUGAAAACAGAGUAUCAGAACCAACCAGUGACUCUCAGCUCCUCUCUGCAGUAAAUCCAGACUGUUCUGCAGUUAAGAGUGAAAAGAUAGAAGAAUAUGUUGGUGGGUUGGAGAGACCCAUUCUACCUUCCAACCCUCCAGAACUUCCUGUCUUUGAAGAGGAGGUUCCCCCUGAGCAGCAAGAGAGGAGCCCCAGUCUGCAGCAGGAGGACCCAGAGCCCACAAAGGUUAAAGACAAACGGGAGGAAUUCGGUACCAGGCAGGAGGAAGAGCAGCUUUACAUUGGGCUAUCAGAAUCAACAAGCCUUUGUAGAGUAUCAGAACCAACCCUCUCUGCAGCAAAUCCAGACUGUUCUGAAGCCCAGGGAGGAAACAUAGAAGAACUUGUUGAUGGGAUGGAGAGACCCAUUCCCCCUCCCUUCUCUCCAGACUCCCAACAGCCCUCUCUCCCUGUCUCUAAAGAGGAGGUUCCCCCAGAGCAGCAGGAGAGAAGUCCCAGGCUGGGUCUGGAGGACCCAGAGCCCACAAAACAAGAGGAACUCUGGACGAAUCAGGAGGAACAGCAGCUGGAAUCUGACAGCAGAGUAUCAGAACCAACCAGUGACUCUCAGCUCCUCUCUGCAGUAAAUCCAGACGGUUCUGCAGCUCAGAUUGAAAAUAGAGUAUCAGAACCAACCAGUGACUCUCAGCUCCUCUCUGCAGUAAAUCCAGACUGUUCUGCAGCUCAGAGUGAAAACAGAGUAUCAGAACCAACCAGUGACUCUCAGCUCCUCUCUGCAGUAAAUCCAGACGGUUCUGCAGCUCAGAGUGAAAACAGAGUAUCAGAACCAACCAGUGACUCUCAGCUCCUCUCUGCAGUAAAUCCAGACGGUUCUGCAGCUCAGAUUGAAAAUAGAGUAUCAGAACCAACCAGUGACUCUCAGCUCCUCUCUGCAGUAAAUCCAGACUGUUCUGCAGCUCAGAGUGACAACGGUAAAGUUCAUCAGAGUCCCAGCACUUCUUCAGAACAAGAUUCUAGUAACGUGGAAUCAAAUGAAGCAUCUAGUUUCUCCACCUGGACUGAGGAAAACAUCUCUGUAACAGACAGCAACUCUUCAGACAGUAGCUCCUGCACUAAAGAAGACUCUGAGGCACGUAAACCAGUGAAGAGAACAUGCCAUUCUAGUGGUGUGGUGAACGAACCAUCUGAUUUGUCCAACUUAUGUGAUGAAAACAACCCGGGGACUGAGAUCAGCCCUUCAGACGGCAACAAAGACAAGAACAUCCAAACAGACUCUGGGGCUCAUUAUCCAGCUAAGAGGAUCUGUCAGAGGGUGCAGAUUACUUCACCAGAGGUUGUGUGCAGUAGGGUGACUACCCCAUCAGCAGCUCCAAGCUCUACACACGUCAUACCAAUGUCUGUAACCGACAGUAGAAGAUCUAAGAAACAGUGUUGUCGGUACUGUGGAAAGGCUUAUGUUAAAAUCGCGAGACACCUGCGGAUUGUGCAUCGGGAUGAAGUGGAUGAGACCAAGACCUUCAGCUUCAGAAAGAAGUCCAGAGAGAGAAAAGUCUUACGUCUUCUGAAUAAAAAGGGAGGCGUUGUGCGUAAUGCUGCCGUAGCAAGACGUGGGAGUGGAGAGAUGGCCUCCUGUUCCCGUCCCAAAGUGCCAGGAUCCACUCCAUGUUACACCCACUGCUUGCACUGUCAAGGUCUGUACAUUCAAAAGUCACUACGGAAGCAUGUCAGAUACUGCCCUCUGAACCCCAAAGCUGAAGAACCAAAACCUGGACCGAAGAUGAGGAUUCAGUCAGCAAUGGCGUUUAAGAUGUGUCCUCAACCCGACUACGUCAGCACAGGUCUUUGGAAGAUCGUUUGUGGUAUGAACUCCGGCCGAGUUUCAUUUGUGGUUAGAAAUGACAAAUGUAUCCUCCUCAUGGGAGAGGAGCUGUACAACAAACUACAGCCAGAUGACAGAAGAAACAGAUACAUUCAACAAAGAAUGAGAGAGGUGGCAAGACUCCUCAUCACGGCCAGGACGUGUACACCUCUGAUGUGCUUUGAGGACUUGGUCAUACCUAGUAAUUUACCUCACGUCAUCACGGCAGUGAGAGCUGUUGCUGGCUACAACGAGGAGAACAAAACGUACGACCGUCCCACGCUGGCUGUUCAAAUGGGAUACAACUUAAUGAACAUUGGCAGCGCUGUGGAAUCCUGUGCAUUGACGUCAGGACGACACAAAGUCGCGGAGUCUGCUGGCAAAUUCAAAAGUUUCAAGUGGAAUGAGGUUGUUUUGGCUGGAGCACUGUCCACUCUCAGUGAACCCCAAAAUAAAUGUCCACAGCCGACCCCUGUCACACAGGCGCCUGGCCAGCCGACCUGUUGCACACAGGCAGCUCUCCAAGUGGAUGGCGCCUGGCCAGCCGACCUGUUUGCACACGCACCCAGCCGAGGUCAGGCCCCUAUCACACAGGCGCCUGGCCAGCCUACCUGUUGCACAGUCACCCAGGCGACCCGUCGCACAGGCACCCAGCCGACCCCUGUCACACAGGCGCCUGGCCAGCCGACCUGUUGCACACGCACCCAGCCGACCCCUGUCACACAGGCGCCUGGCCAGCCGACCUGUUGCACACGCACCCAGCCGACCCCUAUCACACAGGCGCCUGGCCAGCCGACCUGUUGCACACGCACCCAGCCGACCCCUGUCACACAGGCGCCUGGCCAGCCGACCUGUUGCACACGCACCCAGCCGACCCGUCGCACACGCACCCAGCCGACCCGUCGCACACGCACCCAGCCGACCCGUCGCACACGCACCCAGCCGACCCGUCGCACACGCACCCAGCCGACCCGUAGCACAGGCACCCAGGCGACCCGUCGCACAGGCUCCCAGCCGACCCGUAGCACAGGCACCCAGCCGACCCGUAGCACAGGCACCCAGCCGACCCGUAGCACAGGCACCCAGCCGACCCGUCGCACAGGCACCCAGCCGACCCGUCGCACAGGCACCCAGCCGACCCGUCGCACAGGCACCCAGCCGACCCGUAGCACAGGCACCCAGCCGACCCGUAGCACAGGCACCCAGCCGACCCGUAGCACAGGCACCCAGCCGACCCGUAGCACAGGCACCCAGCCGACCCGUAGCACAGGCACCCAGCCAAGCCAAAGAAACACUGUGAGAUUAAAGAGGAUUGUUGAUGAGGGAGCAGCAGUAGAAAAACACAUAAUGCCGUUCAUAAAGAGUGACCAAGUUCCUGGAAAGAGGGACUGCCUCAAAUGCCUCCAGGCAGAACCUGUUGCGCUCAAAAGCAGAAACUGGUCGGGCAUUAAGUUCUAUGUAAAUAGAGUCAAACAGAGACAGAGUGCUGCAGGGAAUUCAGAGGGCAGCAGGGAAUUCAGAGGGCAGCACCCCUGA